AGCUCCAUCCAGCCUGGCCCAAGGAUGGAGUCCCUCCCUGAAGCAGUCCUGAUCAGAAUCCUGGCUUCCAUACCUGCGGUGGAUUUGGUGCUGGCGUGCCGCCUGGUCUGCUGCCAGUGGAAGAACCUGAUCGAUGGAGCUGCGCUUUGGAUCCUGAAGUGUCAGCCGGAAAGCCUCACUGGAGCAGAGUCACAGGAGAAUGCAGAGAACUGGCAAAACUUCUACUUCCUGAGUAAAAAAAGGAAGAAUCUCAUCAAGAACCCAUGUGGUGAAGAAGACUUGCAGCACUGGGGAGAGGUAGAGAAUGGAGGUGAUGGCUGGAAAAUUGAAGAGCUCCCUGGGGACUUUGGAAAAGAAUUCCCUAGUGAAGAAGUCCAUAAAUACUUUGUUACAUCUUAUGAGUGGUGUCGAAAGGCUCAGGUCAUUGACCUUAGGGCUGAGGGCUACUGGGAAGAGCUGAUGGACACAACCCAGCCUAAACUUGUGGUAAAAGACUGGUAUGCAGGACGCAGUGAUGCCGGCUGCCUCUAUGAGCUCUGUGUGAAACUGCUCUCAGAGAAUGAGGAUGUUCUAGCUGAGUACAGAAGUGAGACUAUUGCCAUCCCACAGGAAAAUGACGCCAACUGGACUGAGAUCUCCCACACCUUUUCCAACUACGGGCCUGGGGUCCGCUUUGUCCGCUUUGAACAUGGUGGCCAGGACACACUAUUCUGGAAGGGAUGGUAUGGCGUACGUGUUACCAACAGCAGUGUGACAGUGGAGCCAUAGCCUGAACUGG